UUGCGCCAUCAGUCAUAAAGAAAUUUCUAGAGAGAAAAGGACGGUCCAGGGGGUUAUCGCUAUCUUCUUUUAUUGCUGUGCACAUAAAUUGGUCGGGCUCUUAUUUUUCCCGCACGCAGGGGAUUCGAGUGAGAGAUAUGCCGAAGCUGGUCAUCGUCAAGUUUACGUUCCCCCUUACUUUAUUGUCUUCCAUGAAAAAUCGGAAAAACUCCAUUUAUGUGCUUGUCUUAUAGAAGUGCAGCUUUUUAAAUUCUUGCUUCUUGCUGUCAUUGUGUCCAACAAGAGCUUUUCUCUCUCUCUCUCUCUCUCUCUCUCUCUCUCUCUCUCUCUCUCCCCACUCCUCCCCGCCCCCCUCCCGCUCUGGUAAGGUAACCUCUCUUUGUGCUUACUUUAGAUGGGCGCUUUGCUUUAUGCUUGUCAUAACAGUCUAUAUUAGUCCGGGACUGUGUCAGUGAGCAAUUUGUUGGUCUUAUGUCUUAUUCCUUUUCGCUACUUUCAUCCGCUUGGUUAAAAUUGGGUCCUCUCUCUCUCUCUCAUUGUUUUGACCUCUUACUAUGUCUAGUGUUGUCAAUGGAUUCACAUAGAGCGACAUGCGAGAAUACACAGUCACAGAAGGUGGUACAACACAGAGUUCACGUCUAUGUUCAGUAAUUCAUCAUGAACUUUGAAAAGUGAGAAACCGCCUCGUGAUGAGAGACCUGGUUGUGCUAGUCGUUACUUACGAUAAACAUAUUGGUAGAUGGAGAACUCGUAAUUUCGAAAAGAAUUCUAAAAAUGGAUGGCCUUGGUGAUGGAGUGUUCUCAAAGGUUUAUGUUUCUAUUUGCAAUUUUUUGCGCAAACUUCUGUGGGCCAUCUUAGCUGUUGGCCCCAUACCUAAUCAUGUUGCAGUGAUCAUGGAUGGUAAUCGUAGAUUUGCACGAACCCGCAAACUGGAGAAAGAGUAUGGUCAUAGAUUUGGAUUCCUCUCCUUGAUAUCCACUCUUCGCAACUGUUACGAGUUGGGGAUAAAAUACGUGACUGUUUAUGCUUUUAGCAUUGAUAAUUUCAAAAGGAAACCUGAUGAAGUCGGUGGGCUAAUGGAAUUGUUACAGGAAAAACUUGAGGAUGCUCUCAAAGAAGAAAGCUUUAUCAAAACAUGUGGCAUCAAGGUUUUGUUUGUUGGGAACUUGAGCCUCUUGCCAGAGCAAGUACAGGAUUCAGCUAAAAAGUUGAUGGAGGAAACUGCACAUAAUACUAGAGCAAUCUUGUCAGUCUGUGUUUGUUAUACUUCUACAGAUGAGAUAGCACAUGCUGUUCAAGAAGCUUGUGAUGAGAAUAGACUGAUUUGCACCAUGAGAUGCAAUAGUAGCGGAACCAACAAAGGGAAUUCAGAUGAAUUUCUGGUCACACUAGCAGAUUUGGAGAAGCAUAUGUACAUGGCUCAUUGCCCAGAUCCUGACAUAUUGAUCAGGACAUCAGGCGAGACUCGUUUGAGUAACUUUCUUUUAUGGCAAUCUUGCUUCUGUUACUUGCACAUUACAAAAGCACUCUGGCCAGAAUUUUCACUCAGGCAUCUCGUCUGGGCGAUUUUGGAGUAUCAAAGAGUGCAACCGUACUUGGAGAAGAUGAAGAAGAAGCUAUGAAUUGUUUCCGGCAUUCAACUAGUUGCCUAUGUACCGCCAUAUCCUCUGGCUGAGCGAUAUGUUUAAUAUCACCAUAAUCAAUCUUUGGCAAAUAGUAGGCACAAGGUUUUCUCAGUACCGGAGUUUGGCUGGCUUUUUGAAUGGCUCUGGAGGAUUUUAAUAUGCAGCAACUGUAAGCAAAGGGUGAUUAUUGGCACUUGAAAAAUACCUUGUAUCAUCACUGAAGAAACCUUCGCUAUGUCAUGGAGUCUGGUCAUCGAAUAAUCAAGCGAUUGAUUAGUAUUAGGCAAGGUUAUUAGCUUUUGUAAUGAAUCCAGCUUAUGUGAAUUAGGAGUACUGAUAAGCAUAACUUUUUGGCAUA